UGUGGGACGCGCCUAUUCUUAGGUUGGAGACUUCUUUCACACCUAUCAAAAACUAUAGACGUCAAACCGUAAUGUAAUAGCAAGUUUCAGAAAAGUUUAUUCCUUCAGAAAAAAAAAUUCAACAUAAAAAAAUGAUAUCUUUAUUUCGCUCGACUCGAGAAAUAUUUGUCAAUACUAACAUAAUACCUAAAUAUGUAUCUACUUCAUCUUCAUUAUUGCUGAAAGAAAUCCAAUCAAAACAAGAAAAUGAUAUCCUCGUUCUCCAAGGAGUCGACGUACCUUCUCCACGCGCUGAUAAAAUGCUCAAUGCUGCUUGCCAGGCCAAGUUCUGUCCCGAGUGCACUCUGGGACUGGAUAUAAAACAUACGGACGUUCUUAUUCUUAGCCAGUAUGUUCGUUCCGAUGGUUGUAUGCUUCCACGCCGCAUAACCGGACUGUGUCGUCGCCAACAAAAGAAAAUGGGAACCCUCGUGACAAUGGCACAAAAAGCUGGUCUAAUGUCAAAUCUAACACCAGCAUGGAGUGCAAAGGACCCUAAGAGACGUGCUGGCUGGAAAAAAUUCAACAAGUACUUCUUCGAGUCCACAAUUAAAUAUUAAAAGUUUCAUUGUCUUAUUUCUCUAAUAAAUUAUAUAAUUUACUGAUUAACAAAA